AUGCAAACUUUAACAUCUAGUAUUAAAAACUCUAGAAUUGGAAAAGUCCCUCAAAUAGGCCUUCGGGCAGUAAAUAAACUCCAUGAUGGGCACACUUCUGAUAAAUUUUGGGUCGAUUAUAUCGAUUAUGUUGGGAAUCGCGAGAAUUUUAAAAAAUUAAGCCCACAUUCCAAAUGCCUCUUAACAUGUGUUAUUACCAAGUUUGACAGGAAUUUGCUUAAAAAAACUCGGUCUGACGAACUUUUGGUUUCAAUCUUUUCUGAUGUUAUUAACGCAAGAUCUAUUCCUCUUUUGAAUUUAGAACUCCUAAACAUGAUUUUGGUCUCAUCAUACACACUUGGGAUUCCACUCUCAAAUCAACAAUUAGACCUUAUUUUGGACUCAAUACAUCAGCAUAUUAGUACAAAUAACUUGUUUAACUAUUCAAAUUCUGAUAAAACCACCGAAACAACAAAUGAAACCUCAGUUGUUAGGAUGGGCAUAGAAGACAUCAUCAGCAUUUUACAUUCACUGGCAAGCCUAGCAAGGCGUUUCCCAUCACAUCUCGGAAGAAUUAGAGAUUCUAAAGCAUUUGACUCUUUCUUAUGUAACAUAGAAUCAUAUCUCAAAUUACUAAAUCCCAGAGAGUUUUCACUGGUUCUAUUCUCACUGCAUAACCUCAAUCUUAUUAAUCACAACAACAACUUAGUGAGUGUCUUUUAUAAAGCUGGAAUUGAAAUUUUAAGCACCUUUGAUAACCAGAGCAUUUCAACUGUUUUAUAUAUCUCAGCAAACGACCGAAACUUAUCAAGACUUUUUAAGCUUUUCAAGAAAAGAAUCGAUUCCAUAAUUCGGAGUAAUUACCCCUGUGACCCUGCCCAUUCCAAUACAAUUGAUGACAAAAUUAGUCAUGGAGGUAAUCCAAAAUUCACUGGGAGAGAAAGUUGUAACAUACUUUGUAGUUUAAUAAAGAAAGGAACUUUGGAACAAUUCCACAAGCCCUUUCUUGAACAGAGCAUUUCUGAUAUGAAUCUACAAGAGCUUUGUAACCUAUGCAGCCUUUUGAUAAAGAACAAAUACCCAAAUCUAGACCUAAGCAACUCUGUAGUUCUGGAUUCUCUGACGAUUUCAAACUGCUUUCAUGAAUGGGAAAUCGAAAACAAUGAUAUUCUUGACAGAUUAAUCCAAGCAAUAACCACAAACGGCAAUUUUGUAUUCAACCAGAAGUCAGUACUCUUGUUACACUACUUGACAAAGCUUAAGUAUUCAAAUCUAAACUCUCUUUUUAGCAUGUUUUUGGAUAAUUUUAACCCAAACCAUAUAAACUCAUCUCAGCUUAUUCUUUUUUACAACUCUAUUAUGAAUGCUUAUUCUGUUAAAUUAGAGGGUUUAGACUUACACCCGGGUCCGGAUUCUGGAACUGAGGUGAUUUUGAAACUUAUGAAUAAGGUUGAAACUGAAAUACUUGGCCUGGAUUUCAACAAAUUAGGUAAAAUCGACCUGUUUACACUUGGGAAAUCAAGAAAUAUUUUAAUUUCAAAGAAAUUACUAAAGCAUAUUUAUGCAACUGAGAGUGCAAUUGAUAACCUGGAUACCAUUUACGCCAUAACUAAGAGUACAGAUAAUCAUGCUUUAUCAUCGAGGAUUAACUCGUUAAUUAGUAAAAUUAACCCUUUGGAUUUUUUAAACUCAAAUGAUACUAAACAUAGAAAUUUUACAAACUAUUUGAAUAUUGUUUCAAAUCUGAGAAACACUGAACUUUUAAAACAAUUGGUCCGGAAAACACUAGAUACUGGAAACUAUUCCAACAACUUUGUUACUCUUCUAGCGAUUCUAAAUUGUUGCAAGAAGUUACAUUAUUGUGAUUCAAAUGUUGAGGCUCUCAUGAGUAGAUUGGUUUAUUUAUUUUCUCACAAAAAUUGCUUAGAGGACUAUAAAAAUUUCAAGAGUAAAGAAUCUAUACACACUAAUUUCGACAAUUCGUUAGAUGACUUUCUCAGUGUACUAUAUCAUUUAGAUUACUUUUCGAGUUCCAGAAAAUACGAUGAAAUUAUAACCCAGUCUUUGCAAAAUGUUAUGAAUACUGUAUAUAAUAAUAAGUUGGAUGAAAAUGUAAGGAUUUUAAGUGGUAAAAAUGAACUUGAGAAGUUUGAAUCUAUACUAUUUAACAUAUCCGCACUGGUUUUCAACGCUGUAGUCAGUUCCUCAGUCCUUGUUAUGUACAUUAAAUACUAUUUCUCCCAAUCUGCAACUAUUUCCCCAACUGUUCUCAAGACCCUCUCAAUGCACUCAGGCUGCCUAGACUCCCUUACACUGGAGGAACUUAGGUUAAUUAACUCAGUUGAGUUUGAAAGACGUCCUAAUUACAGGAAAGAUGAAAACUCAAUCCAGACUAGUGUAUUUUCUAUUCUUGGGAAAAUUGGUAUAAAAUCAUUACCAGAGGAGCAAGUUUUCGACUAUUACGUGGACCUGCUAAUUACGUAA